ACUGUCAAAUUAGUGACCGGAGAUGAGCUGGGCCGCUCACCUGUGAAAACUUUGUCAGCUGUGCGGCAGCGCGGAGUGACAGUUUUUGACAGAUCUCAGAAGGGAUCUUUGGCUCGAACCGUAAGGACAACGUUUUUUUAGGGCGGUUUAGAACAGUGUGGAGGACUCUGAAUGGUAGCGGUGAGCGUGAAAACUUUGAAAAGUGGAAGUGAUUGUAGGGGACUUUGAAAGACAUUUUGAAAAAAGAGAACAACUUUGGUGGACGUUAGGGGAAAAGUGAUCUUCUGGCAUCUAGAUCCAAGGAGUGAAGUAGAAAUUAGCAACCGAAGAAACGGAAGAAGGGAUACAAUUAGAAGAACACUGUCAAAACUAAGAACACCAGUUAACGACCAGCGAAAGCAACAGAAAACGACAGACUGUCAAAGAAGCCGAGAAGAGGUGACAGAAGGCGAGAAGAAGGGAAAUUGCAGCGACAGAAGGCGAGAAGAAGGGAAAUAUUAGCGACAGAAGUCAAGGCAGGGUGUUCAGAGCGUUGAAAAGAGCUUCUUUGUCCCGGUUGUUUUUCCACCACCAUGGUUUUAAUGAUGCUUCAACUUCUCUGCCUUAUAAUGGCCAGCAGUGUCCCUGGUGGUGAAUCGUUGAACCUCAACUUACACCGUUCGCCGCUAGUGACGUCACCAAUGGACAAGCCGGCUGGCCGCACGCGGAGGUCUCUGGUGCCUCGUCAGAGCCUUCCCGGAAGUGUGGGAUUUGCAGUUUUCAGCGGGCGACAGUUCGACAUUCUACCUUUCCAAGGUAUCGUACCGCACACCAGCCAGCCGGCCAAUCAGCAGUCGCGGCUCACCGGCUCGACCAAUCAGCGAGGCCGUCACACUGUGUCGACCAAUCAGAGCGGCCGCAAGAGGUUCGCGCCGACCAAUCACGGUGCUCGACGCAGCGUGACCGGCGGAAGUGCACUCGGUCGGACGGGCAUUUUUGCAGCGCUAAAGAACAUCAGAAAUAAAUCAACUCGGCAGCAUCUUCGCUCUCCUCCUAGAAGACAAUUCUUCCAAAACUCCAAACUCAACUCAAUAACGCGCCAAAUCUUCCAAAUCAAGCAGACAACGCGAGACAAUUCUGUCGGAACGAAAAGCGUGCUUAGUGGAUUGAGCCGCUUCCAGCAGAAACCGAGCCGCAAUGUGUUUCUCAGCAGCAUCACUAAAGGCAGCGGCAGCGGCGGCAGUGGUCUUCGGGGAUCCACCAGAACAACGUCGGCCUCUCCCAUAGGCAUCGUGGUGACAAGUCACGGUUUGCAGGCGCAUUCUCCUCCUAACGCCCAAAAUAUGGAGACUUUUCUGAUCCAGAGAAAACACGGCCCCGGCCACUAUGUGGACGGAACUGCUGGAACUGGAACGCUGCUCUCCAGUCGUCGCGGUCAGUGCCCGGUGGUGGACCAGUCGCGGUGUCCCCCUCUGCCCAGCGGGCCCCUUCCCCCGUCCUGCAGUAACGACUACCAGUGUCGAGAGCCCACCACAAAGUGCUGCUACGACCCCUGUCUCACAGUCAGCAAGUGCGUUCGGCCCGUUGGAAUAUAAACGAUUAUCACCCUUAUUGAAAAACGUGAUAAAAUGUCGAAAAACGGAAGCAGAAAUGAUUAUACCGCGAUCUGUCGCGUUGAGCUGGCCUUUACCAUGAGAACUGAUAGCAUUUGUAUAUUUUAGACGGAGACUAUAUCUUGUGUGCAUUAGGACGAUAGGUUAUCUACUGAAGCAUGUCAGCAAUGUCAAAUAAUAGGUACUACGGUUUGGAAAUAUGUUCGACGCUUUCAUAAUCUUGGCUUCUUCAAGACAAUAUGGAACCGAAACUGAAGUAUCGUGACAUCUUGUAACCACUUUAUUUGCCGCAUAAAUAAACAACAGUGGCUUGUA